UCGGGAUGACUCCUGUCACGGUGUAAUCAUUGAAUAUAUAAUGUCAUCCAGGCCAGGAGCUUUUGUGUCCAGUUUGAUUUUUGAUAUUAUCAUUUUUAAAACAAGCUGUGCAUUAUGUUACGUUUUCUAAAUUUCUCAUAACAAAUCUAACUACCGUGCUCUGAUGAAAUAAACGUAAAGAGAAUGGCUCGACCGAAGCAUAGAGUUAACACGGAUAUAUGCGCUGACUGCGGAGCCCUUGAACCAGGAUGGGCUUCAUUGAACAGAGCAAUUUUAUUAUGUGAUGAUUGUUGUGGAAUACAUCGUAGCCUUGGUCGUCAUAUAUCUCAAAUAAAAUCACUUCACAAGAGCAUUUGGCAUACAAGUCUGCUUAAUAUGGUGCAUACAUUGAAUGAUAAUGGAGCAAACAGUAUUUGGGAACAUUCCCUGUUAGAUCCUAGUAACUCAAAGAUUAAUAGAAGAAAACCACAAGCUAAAGAUCCAUUACAUCCAGUAAAGGCUGAUUUUAUUAGAGCAAAACAUCAACAUUUAACAUUCAUAUUACAUCCAAGUAAGGAAGAAAGUUGUAGUGAAGAGGAAUUAAGUAGACAGUUACAUAGUAGUGUUCGUACAAGUAAUUUAGAAACUUCUUUAAGAUUACUUGCACAAGGUGCUAAUCCAUGUUAUUUUUACAAGGAAAAGGGUACAACACCUUUACAUGUAGCUGCUAGGGCAGGGCAAGCUUUGCAGUUAGAGCUUUUAAUAGCAAAUGGUGGUAAUCCUAGCAUGAUUGAUGCAAAUGGACAGACACCUGCUGAAAUUGCUAAAAUGGCAGGACACAUAGAUUUAUCUGAUCGUAUAAUUGAAUGUAUGUACGAAGUAACGGACAGAUUGACAUAUUACAUAUGUUCCCGUAAGCCAGAUCAUCGACUGGAUGAGCAUAUAAUUAUUCCCGAAUGUACAUUAUUGUUGGAACAAAGUGAUCUAUGUGUAGAAGGAAGAAAUAAGUUACAACUGUUACCAAAUCAUUUGUUGGAAGAACUGGCAAUGGAUGUUUAUGAUGAGGUGGAUCGUCGAGAAAACGAAGAAAUUUGGUCUGCAACUGCAUCUUUACCAGAAAAAUGUACAGUACCUUUUUUACCAGUCAAUCCACAAUUGUCAUCCACAAGAAAUCAGGGUAGACAAAAACUAGCAAGAUUUACACCAAAGGAAUUCGCUACUCUUAUUAUAGACCUUCUCAUUGAGGCUCGCAGAAGACAUAUGCUUGCAAAUAAUGCACCACUACAAGAUCCAGCUGUUUCUAUGCUUCGUAAAGAACAACCUGGAAAAUAUGGAUCACAAAUGUCUGAUGAUGAACCUUUAUAUGAUAGCGUCGCUUCUGAUGACGAUUACGCAUUGACAUCGACAGACAAUACGAAGCCUGAAUAUUCAACACAGUUUAAAAUGGAUAACGAGGAAGCCUUUGCACCAUUAGCCAAGGGGCUUCCAUCUGUCGUAGAAGUUUUGAAAAAACAAUUAACUCUCUCUGAAUCUACCGUCAGGGAUCUCCGUGAGCAGAUACAUACUUUGCAGAAUACUAUAGAACAACUAACACAUGAAAAUAAUGAAUUGAAACAAAUAAUUCAUUUAAAAGGGUCCAGUGAUGGUGUUGUUAAUGGUCACGUCGGCGGAGAACAGGAACCAGAGUUAGAGCCAGUGCUUGAUAUAAAAACAUCUCUCAGUAGAAGUAACCAGCGACCUGCGUCAAUGUAUGAAACAAGGGAAGGUUUACGAAAACCUAGUUCAUGGGCAACAUCACUUUGUCAGUCAAAACGAGAUUCAGAGGCGAUGUCUCGCAGCAAUACACAAAGCUUGUGGGAAUGCGGUACUCCCAAUCUUCCUCCCAGCGAGGAAGUUACUCGAAGAACUGAACAAGUUACAAGAAGAAUUCAGGAAUUAUGGAUGGCCAUGCAAGAUCCAAAACAACGAGAAGCUUUCGUACCUUGUGCAGAAAGAAUUCGUGUUGCUGUUGCUGAACUCACAGCAAUAUUUCCUCAAAAUCCAAUCGAGGAAAAUAUUAGAUCUGCUCUACGUCAAUUAAAUGGUAAUACAGGUAGACUUCAAGCAGAAUGUUCUGGUCUUCAGAGAUGUACCAGCGAUAUCGAACAUAUGGAUCGUUGUCUUCAGCAAGUACGUUCAUGUGCUUAUGACAUUGCCAAAGCAACGAAGCUUCUUGUUACCCAAUUUCAAACGUAACAGAUCAAAGGCAAAGUAUUACAAUUUAACUAAUUUUUCUAUACUUGAUGUAUAUAAUUUGUAC